UCAGGCUGUCUAGUCACAGAGGAAGGCUGUGCUUCUCUGGUCUCAGCUCUGAGGUCAAACCCCUCACACCUGAGAGAGCUGGAUCUGAGUAACAAUGACCUGAAGGAUUCAGGAGUGAAGCUGCUCUCUGCUGGACUGGGGAAUCCCCACUGUAAACUGGAGACUCUGAGGCUGUCAGGCUGUCGAGUCACAGAGGAAGGCUGUGUUUCUCUGGUCUCAGCUCUGGAGUCAAACCCCUCACACCUGAGAGAGCUGGAUCUGAGUAACAAUGACCUGAAGGAUUCAGGAGUGAAGCUGCUCUCUGCUGGACUGGGGAAUCCCCACUGUAAACUGGAGACUCUGAGGCUGUCAGGCUGUCUAGUCACAGAGGAAGGCUGUGCUUCUCUGGUCUCAGCUCUGAGGUCAAACCCCUCACACCUGAGAGAGCUGGACCUGAGCUACAAUCACCCAGGAGACAAGGGAGUCAGACUGCUCUCUGCUGGACUGGAGGAUCCACACUGCAGACUGGAGAAACUCAAUGUGGAACAUGGUGGAGAGAACAGAAUGAAACCUGGGAUUAGAAAAUAUGUCUGUGAUCUCACACUGGACCUAAACACAGUAAACCGAUGCCUCUCUCUGGCUGAGGAGAACAGAAAGGUGACAUGGAGGAGAGAGGAGCAGCCGUAUCCUGAUCUCCCAGAGAGAUUUGAGUACUAUGAACAGGUGCUGUGUAGAGAGGGUCUGACUGGGCGCUGUUACUGGGAGGUAGAGUGGAAUGGGGGAGGGGCUGAUAUAGGAGUGACAUAUAAAGGAAUCAACAGGAGAGGAGGGGGUGAGGACUGCUGUUUUGGAUUCAAUGACAAGUCCUGGAGUCUGAUCUGCUCUGACAUCAGUUACACUGCCUGUCACAAUAAUAAUGUCACUACCAUAGACGUCCUCUCCUCCAGUUCCCACAGAGUAGGAGUGUAUCUGGACUGGCCAGCCGGCACUCUGUCCUUCUAUAGAGCCUCCUCUGACACACUGACCCACCUGAUCACAUUCACCUCCACAUUCACUGAGCCCCUCUAUCCAGGGUUUAGGGUUUAUCAUGAAGAGUCCUCAGUGUCCCUGAAAUUAUACCCGUGGUAACACAAAUAAUAACCUGGCACACACGCUGGACACACACACACACACACACACACAGGACACACACACACACACACACACACAGGACACACACAUACUAGACACACACACUGGACACACAUACACACAGGAAACAGUUCUUCCAUGGUCUGCAUACUCAGCAGACAUGUCACCCGUUCUGGAUCGAUGUGUACGACAGCGUGUUCCAAUUCCCGCCAAGAUCCAGCAACUUCACACAGGAAGAGGUCAACAUUCCACAGGCCACAAUCAACAGCCUGAUCAACUCUAUGUGAAGGAGAUGUGUUGCGCUGCAUGAGGCAAAUGGUCACGCCAGUUACUGACUGGUUUUCUGAUCCACACUCCUACUGUUUUAUUAAGUUAUCUGACAAAUAUAUUUGUGUUCCCAGUCAUGUGUAAUCCAUAGAUUAGGGCCUAAUGAAUUUAGUAUUUCAAUUGACUGGUGGCCUUAUAUGAACUGUAACUCAGUAAAAUCUUUGAAAUUGUUACAUGUUUUGUUUAUUGUUUUGUUCACUAAAAAGAGCAGUUGUAAAUGUUU